AACUUUCAAAGACUGUUUUUCCGUUGAUGAGGAAACUUCCUUAAACCCUAGCCCUUUCCCUUUCUCCUUCCGUCAAACUAGGGUUUUUGGUUAACUUCUUUUGAAAAUUCACAACAUGGCUCUGGUCGAUCCCCAAAACCCCAUCAAGCCACAGACCUUGAAGUUCUUCACAAGCGAUGAAUACGAGCUAGCAGUUAAUCAAUCGAUCCAGAGCCUCUUAGACUCGCUUCAAAACCCUAGCUCUGAUUUAUCUUCCUUUACUUCGACAUUUCUCGAAUUAAUGCAAGCUAAACCUAUCCCACUUCUCGAAAGUAUCUGGAUUUUUUCGGUUUUAACUUUUCAUCCAAAAAUUUCUUCAAAAGAUGAUAUCUUGGAUCAAGUUCUAGCUGUGAAGGACCUUUUUCAAUCAAUAACAGCUUGUUCGGCUUCAUGUAGUUCUUCAACCUGUAUCGCCUUAAUUGCGCCUGUCAUCUUUAAAUUGUAUACUGUAGUUGUGGAUUCGAAAAGAAAAGAAGUAGAUUCGAAGCGAGGAAAGAAAGCAAGGAGAGAAAUUAGUAAAUUUCUCGAUGUAAUUUUGGGGUACUUUAACGUGUGUUCUGACGGAUCAAACAGUGACGAGGAUUCUGCUCUAGUUAGGCCGAUAAUCGACCUGGUUUCGAUUUGGGUGCAUGGUGAAGCUACUGGAAAUCGAUUGAAGCAGUUUUUCCCACUUUUAAGUGAUGAAAUUAUAAAUUGGGUUACAGAUGAAAGUAGCUGUGUUAUUGGAUUGCUGGCUGGAGCUGUGAUUUUGGAGUCUUUUAUGUUGAAAUUAUGUUUGAAAUUAAGUGAAGGGAGCUCAAAAGAGGAGGUGCAGAAUGAGUUGAGGACUUGGGCUGUUUGUUCCGUAACUGGAUUUCAUAGCUUUUACUUCUUCGAUAUGCUCAUUAAGAUGCUGCUGGAACCGAAUUUGACAGUGACAUCCUUAUUGAGUUCUGAAGACGAAUCAUUUUUGAGGAAACUGUUAUAUGAUGUUGUUAUAUUACCUGACUAUUCAUUCCUCCAUAUACACAAAGUAAACCAUCUUCCUACUAACCACAUAAAGAAUAACAUUUUGGCAAUAAUUAUGGUGUCCCAUGAAGCCAUUGAGUUAUUUAGGAAAAACAAGGAUCAUUCAAAGGCUAUUUCUUAUACGAAUGCAUUCUCGGGUUCUCAUUUACCUACACUUAUUACUAAAUUGGCUACAAGUGAGCUUUGGCAACCAUGGAAGAACAAGUCAACCCAAGGGAUCAUCACCUAUGGCUUUUCUAAAGUGGAUGCUUGA